AGUUUGUAUGUUAUCCUAAGUUUAUUUAUAGUAUUCGUUACAGUUUACAUGACCAAUAUUAUUAUUAUUAUUUUUAUUUUUAUAAAGCGUGGAAAUUUUAGGCGGCUCAUUUGGUAUACAGAGGCUGCAUCUUUCUCCUUCACCAUAGACUCAACAACACUCAUCCUCCUGUGACUCAAGACUUUAUCUGGGAUGAUCAUGUAGCCAAAUCCUACUUGGAAAAGAAUUCAGCUUCACAAACACUGGAAGAUGUCAAAUAUGAGAGUUUAGCUUUAUCAACUGAAUUUAAUAAGGGGUAAGGAUUGAAAAGAAAAUUCAUGAACUGGUUGGAAGACUGGCAAAGGCUCCCUUAUACUUCGCCCUAUUGUGACUCUUCCAAUUUCGACCUCUUCACAGAUAUUUCUGAGACGAGGCGUCUUUUACGAGCUUCUGCACCUAACCAUACAAAGAAAACUGAGAGACAGCAUGUCAGCAGUCUGCGUAAAGCUCUUUGCUUUCGCAGAAGUUUACUAAGAAGAUAAGUGCAAAAAAUGGGUGUUUGUUGUAGCUCUACAAAGAAUAACCAGCUUCAUGGGACACCUAUAUAUUAUUAUUGUUCACCAGCUGUGGAAGAGCAUAGGUCAUUGACAUCUCAUGACGGUGCAGCUGUUGCUCGUACAACUGGAUUUAUUGUUGAUCUGAAUCUGGAUACAUCAAGCCCCGACACCUUCCAACGCCCUCCUACACCAAUUCCAUUUGAUGUUUUAGGGUAUCCGCAAACUAUAGAUUCUAAUUUUGCGGGGCUAAUAAUUAGCGGUAGUAGCUUGCACAAAGGCACUUAUUUGAGUCACAAGGAAUUAGAUUGCAAGGUUCAAGUUGGUGACCUUGCCUCCCCAACCAAACUUGGAGUUGAGUUGAGCAAGUUAAAUGAAGUUGAUGCUCCAAAAACAGAAGAAGAGGAUGUUUGCCCCACAUGUUUUGAAGAUUAUGAUGUUGAAAAUCCAAAGAUCAUUACAAAAUGUAACCACCACUUCCAUCUGUCAUGCAUUCUUGAGUGGAUGGAAAGAAGUGAUACCUGCCCCAUAUGCGAUCAGGAAAUGGAUUUUGAAGUGUCAUAAUGGUCGCUGAUGGCGUUUCUAGUGCUAAGGUGCAGUAACAACCUAAAUGGUUCAUUGUUAUUCUCGUCGUACGUCUUCCACAGAUGGCUGUAUAUACAAAUUGCUAUACGUGAUUGUCCUUCCCUCUGCUCCGGGGAGGAAGAUUUAUUCUUUUAAUCUACAAUUACCGAUUCUCUUUGCCUGUAAGCCAAAGAGUGAUUGAAGCUGCAUGAUGAAGCUAGCAAAAUGCAGAAUAGGUUGUUUUGUACAGAUUGAAGUUAAAUUAUAAUUGUGAUGAUUUCACUUGAAGACCUUUUGCUCAGUAAUGUACACCUAGCUCCUGACCCAAAAAAGUAAUGUACACCCAGUUACUGUAUAAAUUGCAAAGAUUUAUCUUGGAGUA